ACGGGGGGACAACCUGUAUCUCCCCCGGCGCUUAGAACAGCGCCCGGCACCUCGUAAGCGCUUAACGAAUAUCAUCGUUCUUAUUCUCGUAGACUGACCAACAGGCCGAAGCGCGCUCCUUUCUGAGCGAGGAAAUGAUCGCCGAGUUCAAGGCCGCCUUCGACAUGUUCGACGCCGACGGCGGCGGGGACAUCAGCACCAAGGAGCUGGGCACCGUGAUGCGGAUGCUGGGGCAGACGCCCACCAAAGAGGAGCUGGACGCCAUCAUCGAGGAGGUGGACGAAGACGGCAGCGGCACCAUUGACUUUGAGGAGUUCUUGGUGAUGAUGGUGCGCCAGAUGAAAGAGGACGCGAAGGGCAAGAGCGAGGAGGAGCUGGCCGAGUGCUUCCGCAUCUUCGACAGGAACGCGGACGGCUACAUCGACGCGGAGGAGCUGGCGGAGAUCUUCCGCGCCUCCGGGGAGCACGUGACCGACGAAGAGAUCGGGGACCUCAUGAAGGACGGCGACAAGAACAACGACGGACGCAUCGACUUCGACGAGUUCCUGAAGAUGAUGGAGGGCGUGCAGUAAGAGCCCAACCGAGCCGAGGCCGCCGGCCGGGACCCCCGGAGCCCCGCCCCGUCCCUCCGCCCGAAAUGAAUGUCUGCAGAGAAUAAAGGGAAAAGGCUGAAGCGAA